AUAAACUUGGCAUCUCGUCAGACUUGCCUUAAAUAUAAAAUUUUAUGAAUCCCGUGAGACUUGACUAUGAAUGCUUCGGUUGCACAUAAAAAGAGCAUCCAGUGAGGUCAUCUGAUCUCAAGAACACCGUCAAAAGGUAUGUCAAGCACAUACGUUUUCCCCAGUGGGUCCAAAAUAGCCAUGGAAGGAAGCCAACAAACGACUUUUGUUAAAAUCAGUGAAGACAAAUGCAUUUCGAAGUCUGAACUGUUAAUGCUUCUCAAAACCUACAACUGCUACCAAGAAGGGAAAAGUUUCCAAUUAAGACACCGAGAGGAUGAAGCACAGCUGAUCAUUGAGGGCCUCUUGAACAUAUCCUGGGGGCUAAGAAGACCAAUAAGACUUCAGAUGCACGAUGAUAAUGAACGUAUGUGUUUCUCGGGCUCCAAACUGCUACGAUCAGGACUACAGACCGGCUUGUACAAGAAAGGAACACCGCAGACCUUGGCAAACACCAGCUCACCCGAACCUGAGAAAGAAUCGACCACUAACAAUGAUCUGCCACAAAAUAUGAGCAGCAGCAGCAUUGUUGAGUCUGAAACCAACAAUUCUGAAGAUGAAGUUCCUCAGCUCAUGAGAACAAAAAGUGAUGCCAGCUCUUUGAUACAGCGCAGAUCAAAAUGUCGCACACUGGGUGAAAAUCAACGCAUUAAACGGCACAGGUUCUCCAUCAAUGGACAUUUUUACAAUCACAAGACAUCUGUGUUUACACCAGCUUAUGGGUCUGUAACCAAUGUCCGAGUAAAUAGUAGCAUGAACACUUCAGAAGUCCUGAAUUUACUGCUCAACAAAUUUAGGGUGGAAAAUACUGCAGAUGAAUUUGCUCUGUAUGUUGUCCAUGAAAGUGGAGAAAGAACCAAAUUAAAGGAUUCAGAAUACCCACUCAUAUCACGGAUCUUACAUGGCCCUUGUGAAAAGAUAGCACGAAUAUUCUUGAUGGAGAAGGAUCUCGGUGAAGAGGUCACCUACGAUGUUGCUCAGUAUAUUAAGUUUGAAAUGCCAGUCCUCGAUAGUUUUGUUGAAAAACUGAAGGAAGAGGAAGAAAGGGAGAUUAAUAAACUAACUAUAAAAAACUAGAUGGCAACUAUUCCUGGCAUGAAAGUCAGGGUGGUGACCUGGCAACUCUGUCUCAUCGCUUGCUCCUCUAGAUUUCUGUCAGUCACCAAAAUAUCAAGCUAUGCCCCAUAGGCAGCAAUGCUCCCCACUUCCUUCCAGCAAGACCUCCAGAUCACUGUCAGCAAAGAGGAGUGCCAGCAGUUACCUUCUGUCAGAUAUAUCUGGGGCAAAUAAAGUGAAACAUGUGGGCCAGCUGCAGACUGCCAGUGCUUGACCAGAUACAUAGCUGGUCAUUGAAGAUGGCACCAGUGCCAAGAAUCCUAGGAGGUCCUGGUUGUGGCCAGUACCUCCACCUAUAGUGAAUCCAACAAGUGAAGCACUUAGGGGGCGAGGUACAAAGUUGAUGAGGCAAGUUUGGCAAGAUAACACAAGAAAGCCCACUGGUGCCUGUAAAGAGAAACCCUCCAUGAAACUUGCCAAAAUUGACCACAUUAGCCAACAUUUGGUAAAAUUCAGCCUACAAUCUUUACUAUGAUGUCCGACUAGCAAAUGUGAUUGGAGCUGAGACUACAAAAAGAUCAGCAAUGAUCUACUGAACGGCAGAGCAGGCUCAGUGGGCCAGAUGAUCUCCUCCUGCUCCUAGUUCCUAUGUUCUUAUGUAAGCACAGUGCAUAAAAUCAGUCGGGUGACUGAAUUUGACAUGUCUGCAAAACAAAAACUGGUUAUGAACAUAAUAUUAUUCUUCUCUUGAAGAUACAGUGCACUGAAAUCCAUGAUACAUCAGCAGUUGGAAGACCUCAUAGAGACCGAAGACUAUAUUUGAACUUCCUGCAUCUUUAAAAAUGUUGAAGCACUAGGAAUCCAGUUUGGACGAGUUAUUUUGAACAAUGAACUUAAAGCAAAAGUUUUGUUUUACAUAUUCAAUUUGUUAAAAAUUACAUUGCCCUUUUCUCACGUGUUUUGUCAAAAUUAGGUCUUUGUUUGUUAACAUGAAAAGUUUUUUGAGUAAAUGUUCUUUGAAUUAAUGUUUUAAUAAUGUGUAACACUUCCACAAAUUUUAUCUUUUAAAUACACCCUCAAUUACCAUUUUUCAAAUGUUGUUAAACUUAUGUAUUAUUUGACCAAAGCAAGGUUUUACAAGUGUGAAUAUAUAUAUUUCAAGAGAACUCUUUUUCAGGAUUUGAAUGACUGAUAUGAAUUAUUAUAUUUACAUUUCUUUGGUAAUAUGGAUAAGUUUUAUUUAGUCUGUGUUUUAAAGGUCAAGCCUUACAUACAUUGUGAUAAAGAUAGAGCAAUCUUGUCUCCAAGUGACAGUGAAAAUUAUAUAAAAGCAAAAGCUUGCAGAUGCUGUAAAUCUAAAUUGAACGCCGAAAAUCCUGGAGAAAUCCAGCUGGUCUGGUAGCAUUUGUGGAGAGAGAAAAACAGAAUUUUGAGUUAGAUUUGAGAGUUCUUCAGAUUUCGUCUUCUUUUCUGUUAACAAUCAUAGCUCUAUUGCUUUUCAACACAUGCUGCAGACCUACUAGCUUUCUCCCAACAGUAAAAAUUGGCUGUUCAAUAUUUGUGUAAAGAUCUGUAGCUGGGGAGCCGGUUGCCAUGGUUAUAGGUUUGUUCGCUGAGCUGGGAAGUUGAUUUGCAGUUUGGCAAACAUAUCCACAACCACGGCAAAAAUUAACGACCUUACAAUUGCUACAUCUUUUUCUACCACCAUUUUGAGCUCAAUAAAGUUUUAAUUAAGAAAA